ACUCGUUGCCCGACCGAACGUGUCUCAACACGCUCAGUCCUCCCCCGUGACAUUUCCGCGAACAAAAACACUCAUUUACCUCAAAUACACAAUCAGAAGUCGUGAAAAGGGACCAGUGGCCAGUGCUAAUGUUUCUCUGAUCGAUAAAUAAUGCAACAGCCACCGAAACGCCCAAAACUAUCGAGUGAAUCUUGCAUCGCUGACAUUUCUACGUCUAUCGGUAUAUGAAAUAACCAAAUCCUCAGUAAAUCGAGACAUUUUCGUCGGGAAAGUGAAUAAAUAACUUGGAAACCCCUGGAAAAAAAUAUCUGGGUCCAGUUUUCGGGUUUUUUUCAUUCUGACGUUCGAUAGUUGGUGAAAAAUCGGGCGAAAGGGCGGGAAAGGGGGGCGGAAAUGAUCUCAGUUCCUUUGUUUCCAGAGAGCAUUGCAGGCACUGUGAAAUCUAUCGGGGAGACUCACUCGACCUUUCUCAAAGUCAAUAAAGCUGUUGUCAGUUAUCUGCUGGAGGAGAAGAGACAGGCUGAGGCUGUGAAUCUCAACGUCACGCAGAAGUCUGACGGAGAGUCUACGUAAUGGGAGGAAACAUGGAGGAGGAACUUUCACAGGCAGUUUCCUUCGUCAACAGUUACUUUGCUCUUGUAGACGGUCUAGCCUCAGAUUUGGAGGAUCAUCUGGCUGACGAUGUCGUGCUAGACUGGUUCGGACAGACCAUCAAGGGUCGUAAGGAUGUUGCUUCUUUCAUGAAGUAUCAGAAGAUCAAAUCGAGGCAUGUGUUCAAUGAAAUUACACCGAAGACGAGCAUUGGAUAUCGAGAGCAUCGAUCAUUGAGACGAAAACACUAUUCAACCGGAGGCAUUCCCUCCAACAACAACCCCACCGCCGACGAAAGCGAGUCCCAAUCAAAGUACAAACGCAAAUGCUACUCAGACGCCUUCACCCAGCACCCCCACAACCUCGCCGACGACAGCAUCAUCUUCGACACAUCCCUCUCCGAACCAGCGGCCCAGUCAGACCCCAACAGCUCAGCGGACUCGUUCCAGAGCAGAAGCCCCGAAGUGACGGAUCACGUAAUCGAGAGUGAGCUCAACAUGGAGGGACUGCGCCUCGACAGCUUCAUGACUCCCCAGCUCACCUGUCAGCCCCAUUCAGGCGAUUCUGGUGGGCAUCACUGCACCUCUGAGACACCUGACACAGACAUGACAGCCAACUUUCAGCCCACGAACAUGGACGAGAUGGAGAUGAACAUCGCUGAGUUGAAGGCAAAGGAUCUAGUCAAAAGGGAGAUUGGACAGGGCGAUGCAGACAAGUCAUCCCUGAAGUUUCUGGAGGCUUGUGGGGUCAUUGAGUUCUGCAAAUACUUCAACAGCCAGCAGAUUCGAAAGGACACACGUAAACGCCACAGCAAGCUGCAGAUCGCAUACUCAAUCAAGGACGAGAAUUCAAAUCCAAAGAUUUUCCAUUGUGAUCAGAGGAGUGUUGGAGGCGAGGGGCACGAGGACGACUACGAGGAGGAGAGGAAUCAGUUCCUCGAGUGCCUACAGCUCCAGAUGAACAAGCAGGAGGGGAACAUCAAUACCCUCUCGACUCCGAAGUAUGUGAGGGGACAGCUGAAGUUCGAUAAAUUCAAGGGCGAAGGACUGGGAGGGGCUGGGGACAGUAAUUUUAUUUUUAAAUAUAAGAUUCAUGUUAUUAUUUAUGAGAGCAAUACCAAGUGUCGACUGAACCUGUCUAAUGAGUUCGAGGGGAAGGAAUACUUGGAAGAUGAUGGUCAGUAGAUAUUUAGAGGGGUUUCUGGCGAAUGGUUGGGGGGGAAGGUAGGGGUGAAGUGGAAUGAGAGUUUUUGGAUUUUGUGGUUUAAUGGAGGACUAUCUGGAUUUUCAAUAUUUGGAUGAAAAUUACCAAAUUCAUGGUGUCUCCCUAGAACACUCAACAUUUUUCUUAAAAAUAACUCAUUACGCAGAUAAUGAUCAAAUUAACAAAUUAAUGAGAGUGCCCACAACAUUGAAUUAAUGUAGUUGAUCAGGUGAUUGUCUCCACCACGAGUGGGUCUUCUGGGUCUGCCGAAAUGAUUUCAUAAUUUAAAAAACUCCCUCACUAAACCACUUCACCACUGGACUAGUCUUUAGUUCACCGAUUCAUUGUUUUCUUUUUUUACGUUAUUUUUUCAGUUUAAGAUUCGAUAAAGCAUUUUUUGUUUGCAUUUUUUUUUUCGUUUUAUACUUUUAUGUUCAGACUGAUUCGAGUCACUACGUUAACCAUGUACAUUGAAACGUAAAUCGUACUGCCAACCAGUCAUUGGAGAUAAUAGUAAUAAAAAAGAAAGUUGUCACAUUUUUGUGGAGAUUAUUCCCUGAAUCCAGUGCUAUCGGUAAUUACUGGUAUUCCACAUUUUCGUGAUUCACCGACCGGUUUCUAAUGGAUAUCGCCAAUAACAGUAAUUACAAAAAUGUGGAAUCCGGUUUCAAGAGUGCAUUUGCACUUACUCGCCAUUUGGACAUUCCUCUCGCUGUCUGGAACUCCCUCCAGGAUAUUUAGGAAAUCGUCCAAGGAGUCCAAUUCGUUUAGUUGCUUCGCCAGUGAUAUUGAACUCUGUUGGGGAGAAUGAAUAAAAAUUGGAGUCAGUAUAUACUUUGUUACUCAGCGAUAAUGUGAUAAUGAAUUUCCAGGGAAUAGAUUGGCUCACGAUAAAAAUAGCAAAGGUGCCAAUUUUGAUGAACGUAAAACGAUAAGAUUUAGAGAUUACUGAGGGGAGACCUUUCCACGAGUUGAAGUAGUUUCAGUUCGCAUAAUACUUUUCUGGUUAUUAACUAGGUAGAAAUUGUGUAAUUUGAAUAUACAGAAUUUUUGAACAUGUAUAAUCAUUAAAUGAAUGAAAGAAUUUGUUAUUUCAUUCAUUAGUGUACCCUCUUGGGUUUUCUUUUUGUUCGAAAACCCUUGAAAAAUAGAAGAAUUGAUUAAAGAUGCUGUAUGGAUUAGAACAGCAAGUGAGACUUGUUCAAGAAUAUAUUUUUCUACCAGUGUAACAAAGAGUGGAUGAAAUAAAAUAAAAUCAUUUAAAACAA